AGAGGCGGGCGGAUGCGGCGGCGGCCGCAGCGCGGGAGGGGCGGCGGGAGGACUCUGGCCCGGUUGUCCCUCCUCGCCCACGCCGUGUCGAUUUCAUGUUGUAGUCGCCCCACUCCCCAGCGCCCCGCGCUCGGUGUAGCGUGCUGGCUGCAAGCGCGCACCGCGGCCCUGCGCUGCGGAGAGCUCCAGCAGCACCAUUUUAUGCUGUCAAGACGCGAUCUAGUGUACAGAGGAAUUGACUGGCAUUUUCCGACUAUCGCUGUGCUUCGAAAGUAGCUUCUCUUCUGUUAAAGCGCAGCAGUGCUGUCGAGGAUCCUGCCGUGCCAGUCUGCUGGCGUUGGCUAGUCAGUAACCGCAGUUUGAUCAACUGGCUUUCAGAUAAUGUUUUAGCCACUACUGCCCUGUCUUAUCUAUGCCGGAUGGUAACAUCGCUGUAGCUGCAACCAUUCUGUAAAAUGGCUUCUUAACAGUGUUUGCAGUGUGGUCAAGGCCUUAAUCCACCCUAGCAAAUAUUACAGAGAAAUGGAGCAACUGUGUUCUGCCAGGGUUGGUUCAAACAGCUACUGAAACGUCCUUCACCCUUGAGAUGACCUGAGCUCUGACUUCCGCAGCGGCGAAAUCUAACUUUUUUUCCGUGGACUCUAUUCCCUGUAGUCUUAUGUGAAAUAUACUUAUAUAAGCCAAACCAAAACUGUUGGCAAGCAAUGGGAUGGCAAUUGGAAAAAAUCAGCAUGGAUAAAAAUGAGCUGGUGCAAAAGGCCAAACUGGCUGAGCAGGCUGAGAGAUAUGAUGACAUGGCAGGCUGCAUGAAGUCUGUGACUGAGCAAGGAGCUGAGUUGUCCAAUGAGGAGAGGAAUCUUCUCUCUGUUGCUUACAAAAAUGUCGUAGGAGCCCGUAGGUCAUCUUGGAGAGUCGUCUCAAGUAUUGAACAAAAGACGGAAGGUGCUGAGAAAAAACAGCAGAUGGCCCGAGAAUACAGAGAGAAAAUUGAGACAGAGCUAAGAGACAUCUGCAAUGAUGUGCUGUCUCUGUUGGAAAAGUUCUUGAUUCCUAACGCUUCUCAAGCAGAAAGUAAAGUUUUCUAUUUGAAAAUGAAAGGAGACUACUACCGUUACUUGGCUGAGGUUGCUGCUGGGGAUGACAAGAAAGGGAUAGUGGAGCAGUCACAACAGGCGUAUCAAGAAGCUUUUGAAAUCAGUAAAAAGGAGAUGCAGCCAACACAUCCAAUCAGAUUAGGUCUGGCUCUGAACUUCUCUGUGUUUUACUAUGAGAUUCUGAAUUCCCCGGAGAAAGCCUGUUCCCUUGCAAAGACUGCUUUUGAUGAAGCCAUUGCUGAACUUGAUACAUUAAGUGAAGAGUCAUACAAAGACAGCACGCUAAUAAUGCAAUUACUGAGAGACAACUUGACAUUGUGGACAUCGGAUACCCAAGGAGAUGAAGCUGAAGCAGGAGAAGGAGGGGAGAAUUAACCAGCCUUCCAACUUUCGUCUGCCUCAUUCUAAAAUUUACACAGUAGACCAUUUGUCAUUCAUGCUGUCCCACAAAUAGUUUUUGUUUACGAUUUAUGACAGGUUUAUGUUACUUCUAUUUGGAUUUCUAUAUUUCCCAUGUGGUUUUAUGUUUAAUAUUAGGGGAAUAGAGCCAGUUAACAUUUGGGGAAUUUAUCUGUUUUCAUCUGAGGUGGCCAAUAUAGGGUUGUGAAAUUUUUAUACAAGUUUUACAUGCUUGGCAUAGUACUUUUGGUACACUGUGGCUUCCCACAAGGUGGCCAGGGUUAAACAACUUCCUAUGUUGAGCAAAGAAAACUGCUUGCAUAUUGGUCUGUCAUGAUGGGAAAAAAGGGAUAAUCAGUUGCAGCCACAGAUGUAGUUAGUGUGAGUACUUCAAAGCUGAAGCAUACCAUGGCUGUGGGGGAACAGAUGUCCCAUGGAUAUUGCAUGUCAAGCAUGUGAAAUCCUAUGGAAUAUAUAAUCAAGUGUACAUCUUUGAUUGCAGCUGAAAAGCGUUCCUUAAGAUAGUUUUGAUCACCCAGUCAACUUUCUCUAGAGAAGGGCAGAAACGGUUCACAUUCCAUUAUUUGUAAAGUUACCUGCUGUUGCUUUCAUUAUUUUUGCUACACAUUUUAUUUGUAUUUAAAUGGUUUAGGCAACCUAAGAACAAAUGUACAAGUAAAGAUGCAGUAAAAAUGAAAUGCUUGAUAUCCAUAACUACACUGUAUAUUGAGCACAGCAGUAAAACAAAAACCCAUGUAUUUAACUUUUUUAGGUUUUUUGCUUUUGUGAUUUUUUUGAUACUUGCCUAACAUGCAUGUGCUGUAAAAAUAGUUAACAGGGAAAUAACUUGAGAUGAUGGCUAGCUUUGUUUAAUGUCUUAUGAAAUUUUCAUGAACAAUCCAAGCAUAACUGUUAAGAACAUGUGUAUUAAGUUGAUGUAAGUGGAAUAAAAGUUUUAUGAAUGGA